AUAAAAAAAACUAGUGGUGAUAUCAGAUGAAAAACUUGCACUCAUAAUAUCAAGUAAAAUGUGACAAAUUUUAAUUCAAUUUAACUAUAUUCUAUUUAUACUAGAAAAUUGCUCUCAUCGCAAAUUGAUAAAAAUGUGAGAAUGUCUGUCUACCCAUUUAAAAUAAAGGAUUUGCAAUCUAAGAUGAUAAAAUAUCUUAUCUAAUUGAAAACAUUGAGACAAUUUUGAAGUACUUAAACAAAAUAAACGAGUUUGAAUGUUAGAUGAGACCAUUGCGCUCUUCAUACAUUAAAAACAGAACAUUAAUUUGUCGGCUCCCCAAAAUAGAAGCGGCGAUCGAGGCGGCGAUCUUAUAUUCAUAAAACUUCACUCAUCGGAUAGCCAUAUGAAACUUCGUCGCUCUUUAUAAUAAAAGAGUCGCGUACUUAGUUGGGAAAAUAUUGCUGUCAUAUUAAAUAGAUAAUUUGAAAAUUGCGCUCAUCAAACAUGUAAAAAUGUUCGCUCUCCUCAUAAUAUUAAAAAAAAACUGAAAACUGAAACGAUUUCUGUUAACUGGCCAAAAGAGAAAAAACUUUCGCUAACUUAGAAAAAUUUGACCUACCCUAAUACGUUAACUACUUUGAAUUACCCUAAUGAACUAGAUGUAACUUGUUUUCCUUUCCAAGUAAACUUACACUACCACAACUAUAGACAACCUGUGUAACCCAGUCAGAACAGAAAUAAAAUGAGUCUAUUGCAAACAGUAAAGCUGUUCGGGCGCGUUCUUUUGUUAUUUCUCCCCGUCCGAAUAAUUCCCCGCGAGUUGGAAGUCCGCCAUAUUCGAAGUCCGCUGCGAAACCCUCGAAGGCCGGUUCCCGAGAUUUGGUCGGUUGUGAGCUGUGACCGGGACCGGAAAAAAAUCUGGAUUUUACAUGGUCCUUCGGCUCGGAUUUUCGGUUCGGUCGUUUUCCCGGUAUGCAAAAGUGCAAAUCCGUCCGACUCGUGUUACUGUGAAAUUACGCCAAGGAUUGGCUGACACCGACAAGGUGUAGUGAAAUUGAAUCCUCCACAUAAAAUUGUGCGAGAAACGGUGAAAAAAGUGCGAAAGUGGCUAAAAAUCGACGAAAUUCGGUCGAUAUCCGAAAUUGCGCAGUGAAAUUUCUCGAAGCGCCACCGAAAGAAAAGAGAAGUUCAAGGGCGGCCAUCUUGUGCCGAGAAAUUUCCACGAGAUUCAGCCAGGUUUCAGAGUGUGUGAGUGAAGGAGAUCCAACUUGGAUCACGAAGUACAGUGCCAGUGUAUUGUGGGGAAAGAAAGCAGAAAAGAUACGGCACUUGUGAGUGUCUUUAGUGGUGGCUACCCCGACCACUGCGGCUGAGUGGUACAGGCCAUCCAAGUGAGAAGAGAAUAGUGCGCCGUUCAGUUGUUGCUGUGUAUUCCCCACGCAGACCGAGGAUUAUUUGCGUGAAUGCUACCUGCGCCGCUGCUAUGUGCGUCGGCGAGAGCAGAGCAAAGAGCGAACUGCCGUUCGUUUGCUCGCGCUUCAUUUUCCACGCUGUUCCCGAGGAUUCUCUGCCAGCCAGCCACAACAGGGAUCGACUGCUGCUGCCGUCAUUGAGUGCUAUCCCCAGUGGUUCACGUCAAAUUUCCCAUCAAAACAAAGGAUGACGAAACCACUCUGCUGAUUGAAGUGUUACUGACCUGUCGGAAAGUGGAGCCAAGUGAUUGAUGAAUAAUUAAACUAGUGUGAAAACAACGAUCUACCGAUCCAUCGUUGCGCCUCUUAGUAGUGUGUGGUGCAUGUGCUAGAGUGUACGUGUGUGUACGACGAGUUCAUCCCUGUGUUUGCCAGUUUUCCCAUUCACAAAGUUGAUGUUUUAGCCCCUGCAGCGGAAGCGGGGAAAGCUCCCAGCUCGUCGAAAGUGGAAAAAAAGUUGCGGUAUAUAAAUUUAUACGCUUCAGCUGCAGUAACGUCAUCCGGUCCAGGCACAUGCGGUUUUGCCGUGAGCCUUCCUGGAGCGUUGAAUGAUGAGUGCUGAAUUGGAGCUUAGAUGCGGUGCAACGUGUGUUUCCCUGGCAGCAAGUUGCUGUCGAUGCAGCUGCUGCAGAAUGAUUCCGAGGUCUAGCCGUGGUGACAAAAACUAGUUUCGCUGAUGAGUUUGACCGUUCGCUGGUUGGUGGGCUCGUUCAAAUCUAUGUCGAACUUCGCCAGCGGAUGCCCUCGGCAGAGUAAAAGUUGUUUUUAGUGCAUAAAUUAUAUCCGCAGAAAACACAUACAUCGCUCGCUUCGUGAAAAAAUAACCACCACUUCAAAUCGUGGACUCGGAAGUGGCGGAAGCAGCAGAAAAAACAACGCAAGAACCCGUGGAUCUGAAUUCCCAUUCGGUGGUAGUCGAGGCGUGCUCGCAAUCCGAUUGAAGGCUAGGGUCGUAAAAAAGGGAUCAGCCUCGUCGCAGGGGUUUUUUUUUGGUGUCUAUCCGAGUGUUACACUAACGGCAUAUUUCGAAUCAUAGAAAAAAAGUGAACGGAACCAGUCGCCGGGAGCAAUACCAGGCAGAAUGGAAACACGAAUAGGAGGAUUACUGGGAUUACUAUCCUGCUACUGCAUCGUGAUUGCCACGGUGCUCAACAUCAUCAGCGGCGAAGUGCAAUCGUACUGGGAGCAACCUUACGCCCAGCCUUACUUCGACAAUAGCACCCGGCGGGAGAUAACCGCAACCGUGGGCCAAUCUGCGCUGCUGCACUGCCGGGUGCGGAAUCUGGGCGACCGGGCGGUAUCCUGGAUCCGGAAGCGUGAUCUGCACAUCCUCACGGUGGGCAUCCUCACGUACACCAACGACCAGCGGUUCCAGUCGCUGCACACCGAGGGCAGCGACGAGUGGACACUGAGGAUUACCUCGCCGCAGCCUCGCGAUUCCGGCACGUACGAGUGUCAAGUGUCAACCGAACCGAAAAUUUCACAAGCCUUUCGGCUCAGCGUUGUGGUGUCCAGAGCGAAAAUCCUCGGCAACUCGGAGCUGUUUAUCAAGAGCGGAAGCGACAUCAACCUCACGUGUGUGGCCCUGCAGUCGCCGGCGCCGCCCUCCUUCAUCUACUGGUACAAGGGAGGUCGCGUGGUUAAUUACUCCCAGCGGGGCGGAAUCAGCGUGCUAACCGAGCGGCAAACCAAAACAAGCAAACUGGUCAUCGCCCGGGCCGUGGCGUCCGACUCCGGGAACUACACCUGCUCGCCGAGCAGCUCCGGUAAGUAUCUAUAGCUGGCUGGUUAGACGAAGAACGCGACCGAGAUGAUGAUGACAAUGGUAAUCGCAGGCACCUUCUGCACCACCACCAUUACCGUUGCUGGUUGGUUGCGAGGAUCUCACUAUAGUCGAUGGUCAAGGCAACCAGGUCGACGACGGCGACGACGGUCGGCAAAGUGAUGAUAAUGGUCAUUGCCGUUGAGUAUCCUGCUGGGCAUCUAUCUAUGAGAAUGUCCGCAGACGAGAGUAACGGUAGUAAACAGUAGUGUUGGAGAUAAUGCUUGAUAGCUCUUCAUAACCUCUUGGCGGGGAUUUUAAACUUUGAUCUUUGGCUAAUUAGAGAGCAAAGUGUUACAUCAACGGAGAUGGAAUUUUAAUGCAUUUAGUGCAAUGCAGAAUUGCAACAAUGUUGCAUAAAAGUGUGUGUGUUCAUGAAAUACUGACUUACAUACAAUACAUUUAUGUAAUUCACCAUCGUAAUUCUUGUUUUGUACAACUAAUGGCCAACUUGCAA